GAAAAUGAUAAAUAAAAAGUGCUCCAUUGAAUGAAAUCGUGUUUAGCCGGAUAAUUGAUUGAAGAAACCCCUAGGAAUGGAUAGUUCUGAUGCUGGAUCUGCUGUUGGGCUUUCGCAAUCAUACUUACACGGUCUCAAAAGAAUAUCACAGAGCAAAGAUAAUCUCGUUUCUUUCCACGUGCCCAAGCACAUAACCGAGAGUCGUAUAAAAGUAUGGGACAGUCUUUUCGCAAAGUACUCGACAAAGUUAACCGAUGACAUUGAAAUAACUCUCGACUCCCCAUCAGAGGAGGAGGACAACAGGAGAGCCCUAUCAGGGCAUCAGCAACGAGAGACCCAUAAACAAUCCACCAAAAGCCUACCCGAGGAUUACGAGGAGGACUCUGUUGAGCCAGACAACAAGGAAUUUCCCGUCCAGAGUGAUGCUGAGGAGGAAGAGGAGGAGGAUGACGAAGAAGACGAUGAGGGUGAAAACGAUAAAUCCUUCAACAAGAAUCGUGCUCCCAUACGAAAGUCCUCGUCAUUGAUUCAGUACUGGCUCGACACUGGUAAAGCUCCUUAUUCAACCACAGAAGACCCCUCAAUCCUGAAUGAGCUGAUACCCUCUGACAACAGCGGUUCCUCUCUGAGCGAAGAGAGCUGUCCCAACCACAAUCCAUUGCCCAUUGCGACAAACGUCAUUCCUGUGCCAGAAGGAGCGUCCAACAGCAGCUCAGUGGCCACUGGUCCCUACAUUCGCUCCACUAACAUCACAAAUAGAUCAGAGAUGCUGGUGAUAAUGGAAGGCUCGAAAAGCCCUGAGGGCCACUUAGAGCCUGCAGAUGCUCCCGGUCCUGAAGGAGCGCCCGAGACUUGGAAUCUUCUAGAGGCUGAUCAAUCGAGACCGAAUACUGAGACUCCAGCUAAUCCAGAGGUAGGAGGAAACUGUAAUAAGAUCAACCAGGCCCCAGAGAAAUCCGUCGAGACCUCCUUGAUCCUCAGUAAACUAGAGGAGACAGUUGAGAAAUCACUGAACAGAAGUAGAUUAACCUCCUGCGAUGGUUCUGACUCUGAAGUAAGGAAUCUGAUGGCACCAAGGAUAAAAAUAUCUGAUGCUCUCGAGGGUCUUGAUGAGCACAUUGACAAGUUGGUUAAUAAAUCCACUGUUCAUAGACUGAGAAAGGAUUUUGAAGUGGGCUCUGGAGACUCGAGUGGCAGGGGAACCCCCAAGUUUCCAUCCCUGAUGAAGAAGGGGAAUAGGAGGAAGUUGUGGACUGGCAGGAACUCUCCAAUGGACAUUAUCGUUUCCUCGACGAUGGACAGUGAGGAUCAGAUGGUUCCCAAGACGAAAAACCAACAUCCAGCACUGCAGGCAACCCCUAAGGUCAGAGUGAAGGUCCCUAGUUUCAAGAAGAGAAAGACUUUGAACGCUAGGAGACACAGCAGAGUAUUCUUGAAUCGUGAUCCCUCGAGGAAUAGCAAAGACUCCUCUGACCCAUCCACUGAGGGUAGAGAAAAAAGAUUCUUGAAAAAUCUGGGGCUUGUUCCCAGCCCCAGGUUCAAUACUAAGACAAAGAGGAAGAUUAUCAGUGGCGUAGCAGAGAGGAAGGGCCUGAGGAGGAGGCAGAAGGGGAAAGUACGGUAUCAGGAGAUUGAUUCUGAAACCGAUGAUGGUAGUUCUUCAGGGAUUUCUGUUAAGAGUUGCACGGGAGAAUCAGAUAAUCUUUUGUCUCUUUGUGCCAAGAAAAUACUGACUGUUCCCUUAGAAAGACUGUCUGAAACCCUUUUGGGGAGAACUGUAAGUAAACGGAAGAACAGGAAGAGCAGUAGUGUCAGACAUUUGGAAAAUGAAAGGACGAGUGGAUCGAUUUCAAGAUCAGGCAGUUCGCCAGCUGCAACAGAGGUGAUCUCGGCUAAAAGAAUGGGAAGAGGUCCUGAGAUCCAAAAAAUUGAAUUAGACUCACAGGAGAGUGACCAGAGUACGAUAAUUAUGAUGCAGUGUGAAGAGAAAAGGGCAAAACGUUCUGUACUUCGUGAACGUUUGCAAAAAUCAGGUAGUGAUUCUGAAAUAUCUCGGGAAGCUACAGAGACGGACGCAUCUACACCUGAUGAUAAAGGCGACAGGAGAAUUUCUGCUGUGCGUCUUCGACGAUCUAAAAAAUCAAAUAUUAAUUCUAAGAAAGGCCAGGGGGCUGCAAAGACUGCAAAAUUAAUUUCGAAUACAAGAGGAGAGAAGACAAAACCUAAUGGCCUUCUCACACGGUCAAAGAAAUCCGUUAUCGGUUCUAAAACAUCUCACGGAGCAAGGAACGGAAACGUGGAGGAGAAAAUACUUUCUGUGCUUCUGGUACGUUCGAAACCAUCGGUUAUUGAUUCUGAAAAAGUUAAGAAUUCUGCAGAGACUGAAGAAUCAACACCAGUGGGUGAAGGAGGAAAAAUAAAGGCGAUUCCUCCAGGUGGUAGAAAUAGUAAAAAUUCAUCUAGUCAAUCAAGUACGCGACGAGUAUCUUCGAAAACUGAGACAUCGCCAAACGGGAAAAGCUCUUCUCCGUAUGCAACACGAUCAAGAAGACACCUCAGCGACUCUGAUAGAUCAUCAGGCGUUAUAAAUGGAAAUUUGAUCUCAGAGGAGGAAAGCAUGGAACAGAAAUUGGAUAAUCGAACCAUCCGAAGGAUGAGGCAACGUGCAGUCCUUAGAAAUAAGAAGAUUGAGCAGAGAAAACGGAGGAGUAGGAAAGUCAAUCCUAAAAAGAUGAAAGUGAAACAUUCGAAGGACGAGAUUGAAUUGCCGAAUGGCAUCGAGAGCUCCAUGGAGGAUUCUCUAGCUCCAGAUGGACAAAGGAGUCCCCGGGGCGUGGAUGAAGAAACUCAGAAGGGUGGCACGACAAUAAUCAGAGGAACGGUUACGAUUGAAAGCGACUCCUCCAGUGACUCCUCUCGAGGCAUGAAACUCCGGAAGCUGCCUAGUGGAAUCAGGAGACGGUGCUUGGAGCCUGUAAUCAAGUUCUCGGAUGAAGAAAAUGAUUUUAUCAUGAAGAUGGAGAUGAGCUACCACAGGGCUCAGAGGAGAUCGAUGAGGAGGGGAAUUGUAGAAGAAGAAUUCUCUGCGGACCAGCAACAGCUUAUUCACGACUUGACGAGUGAGAUUGCACCACUUUGCCCUGGCACUAUUUUACCGAGUGACGAGGAGGAGAAUUAUGAGAGUUCGCAGGUAAAAAAUAAAAAGACGAGCGACAGAACUGCGAGAAUUACGAGAAGUGGUUCACAAAAAUCUGAAAGAGUGCUUGAGAGAGCUGAGAAGUCUGUUGUAACUAGAAAGAGAUCGAGUUUUGCCAGAGUUUUGGACUACGAUGAUGCGUCGUCGAAACAAUGGGAGGAAGUUGACGAGAGCCCACCUAAGAAAUUUAAAGCUGAAAUUGGAGUUAUUAAUAAGGAUAGUCGUAGUGGUAUUAAUAAGAGUGUCAGUAAAAAUAAGUCAUUCAAUAUGGAGGACUCCCGGGAGUCUGAUUCCAGUGGAUUGUCGAGGGGAUCGGUUAUGAUGCUCUUAGGGAAAUCCACGAGAUCCAGUGGGAUCAAGCGGAAAGCAGAAUGUGAGGAAAAUCGUGGCCAAGAAGGCAGUUCCAUGGAGUCAAAACAUACACCAGUUAGGAAAUCCCGAUCUCCGAUUAAACAGGCCCCAACGCCGGUUCAAUUACCAACCAAGAAACUUCAGACGGUAAUUAAAUCUCCCGCCAAACGAUUACACUCACCGGAAAAAAAAUUAUUGGAGCUUAAAUUAAUGGACCUCAGCGUAUCAGUCGAUAGAAUAUCUGAGAACUUGGAGAAAUCCCUCAAUAAGGACGGGGGAAAAUUAAGCGGAGGGGUACCACCAACAAAUCAUCCCAGGAAUCCUGUUCAUUCGGUGAGGAGGAGCAGGAGAAAAACCAGGAAACAAACUUUGACUUCAGAGGACGAGAGUUCAGUUGAUUUCUAUCUGGAGCAACCCACCGAUAGUCAAGAUAAUUUAUUUGAUAAAGAGUCCAGCGAUGUUGAUAGUGUAAAAUGUACAAAAUUAUUUCAUAAUCCCUUCGAGGACUUUGGGGGUGAGCUGAGGAUUCCAAUGACCAGGAAUCUCGAGAGAAGCCGGUCAAGUACGAAUACUCAUAACAAUGUGGGAAAAAAAUCAGUGAUUACACUGCGAACUCGCGAUGAUUCCGACUCGGAUGAUUAGUAAUGUAAAAUGUUAUUGCUUUAUUUAGUGUCUGUUAUGUUUUCAUUCGACUUUGUACAUUGAUUUACUGUGAAAAAAAAUAAUUUCUACUAAUUCGUAAAUAAUGAAAUUUAGUUUUUGAAAAACAAAAUUUAACUUUGCGAAAUUAUCUACCAGACAUUUUUGAUAAAUAAUCACUUUUAUGGAGUUGUUAUCGUCGACGAUAACGUCUUUUUAACUCAGUUUAGUCAUUUCAUGUUUGGAAUUUAUUUUACUCAUGGCGAAUUUUUUUUAAUUGCUGGACUUUUUAAUGAAAUGGAAUUAAAUUAAUUUCUAUAAUUAACCGACCGUAAUUUCAGAGCGCAGUGUCAUUGUAAAUAUGUAUCUGAAUUCAAUUUUUCCGCCAUUAAACUAUUGUAAACUGAUUCUUCACUUAUAAAAA